GUUCCUUUUUUUCUUGGAAUGCCCCUUGAUUAGUACCCCAUCAUGGCAGAUCCAGAUCUUGAUUUCACCAGCGGUGAUGCAGGGGCCUCUGCCACCUACCCCAUGCAGUGCAGCGCCCUGCGCAAAAACGGAUUCGUGGUCCUCAAGGGUCGCCCCUGCAAAAUAGUUGAAAUGUCUACUUCUAAGACUGGCAAGCACGGUCAUGCAAAGGUUCACAUGGUUGGAAUUGAUAUUUUCUCAAAUAAGAAGUAUGAAGAUAUCUGUCCCUCCACCCACAACAUGGACGUGCCUAACAUCAAAAGAAACGAUUACCAGCUGGUCGACAUCAGCGAGGGAUUCCUGUCUCUUAUGUUGGACAACGGUGAUGUGCGUGAAGACCUGCGUGUGCCAGACGGUGACCUGGGCAAAGAAAUUGAAAGCAAAUUUGCAGCUGGUGAAGAGAUGUUGGUUACUGUGCUUUCAGCUAUGGGUGAAGAAUCUGCUGUGGCUGUCAAACCCAUGACCAAAUAGGAAGAAAGACUGGGCUGCUCAGGCUGCAACAUACUACACUUUAACAGAUCUCUUGUAUUUGUUUUUUGGUUUUAUGUCACCAAAGCUAUGGCCUUCACAAGCAACCUCAAAUAGUUUUUGUUGUGAUUGUAUUCCUUUUUUCUCCUUCAAUACCGUGCUGGACUUGUCGGGUCAGUUGGCAUUCUCUCGGAUGAGGUUUAUUAUUGUCAGUGUGUUUACCCCCCAAACGCCCCAUUCUGCGUUUUUUUUCUCCCCCUUCAAGUUUUUACCACUUACAUUCCUGAAUGUUUAAAAAUGGGAUCCAUUUUCCUUUUUGUAUUCUUCAAUCGUAAUUAGCGUGCAGAAUUUAUGCAAGGUCUUGCGACGAGAGGAAAGUCCCAACUGACACAGGAACUUACUUUGCCCUUCCCGGGUGCCAUACUUUGACCGUCUUUGUUGUCUACGCCAUACUGGCACUGAUUCAUUUCUCUUGAUUGAAUGCCUUUUUCCCCCCCAAAAGUGAGAUGCACACUGGUAGUUGGCACUUCCUUGUACUAGCAGUACCUUCUCAAGUAAAACCGCUAUGACCGAGAAAUAAACUCCAGUGAAAUUCUUAAAAGCCAGUUUCAAAUUGUUCAGAAGUGGAAAGGAUGUGAUGGCCAUGUGCGAAUACCUCUGUAACACAAUAGCAGCCAGCUUGAUUUUGGCUGUCAUUGACAACCUUAAAUAAAGUGUUGAAGCCUGUUA